GAAACAACCGCUGCCGACAGAUGGCAGCACAAUAUCUGCGUAACGUAAUAUGGUAUAUAGGUUACAAAUCUGUGCGUUGCACGUUCUGCCACGAGUUUUGAUUCGGAUCAGUUAAGAUGUAUGUAACACUGCUGUUAUUGCCAAGAAGACUGCAGUGUAUAAUUCCACACAUGAGAGAGACUUCAAGAAGCUUGGCAACUUUAGGAGGAGGUGAAGUAUGGAGAAGUACAGUGGAACCACAAUCAGAAUUAGAUGAAGAGAUUCAGAAAGCCAGGAUGAAAGAUAUGCCAGUAGAAGACAUGAAAAACCCAUUUGAAAGAGAAAAAGCUCAGUGCAUCCUGUGCCAAUAUAAGAUAGUGCCAGACUACAAGAAUGUGAAGCUUCUGUCCCAGUUUGUUUCACCAUACACAGGACAGAUAUAUGGGCGACACAUCACUCGACUGUGUGCUGCCCAGCAAGCUAGACUUGAAAAGGAGAUAUUUAAGUCUCAGUCUGCAGGUUUCAUGCCAUAUUAUUUUAAGGAUGUAGCAUAUGUGAAGGAUCCCAAACUUUUUGAUCCAGAUCGCCCCAUCCGUCCACACAGAUUUUAGUUCUGUUGGCAGACAUUCCCUUAUAGAGUCAAGAGAGGCGCUUGCUACUUGAAGAUGCAAGUGAAUAACUUGAUUUGCAUAGUAACAAUGUUUAUUCAGCAUGUACAAAUCUUUUUUCUACAAAUAUAAAUUAUUGCAAGAAACAA